CGGAGAUUGCCGAAGAGAGUUCUUUGGCCAGUGAGCUCGUCGGAUUCAGUCAGAUUGCACUGUAGAGGAGGGUAUACAAAAGUAGGUCUAACAUGGCAAGUUUAAGGAUUUUGGGAGCACUGAGACGGUUUCCCCGAAACAAUUAUGAGUGUGUUACGACAUCAGGACAUCCGACUUCUCUCAGAUUUUUAGCAACUGCAGUAUCGAAUAAGUACACGAAAUACAGAAUCAUCGAUGAUGUGGCUGUUAUCACACUCGAUUCUCCAGGUGUCAAGGAGAAUACGUUGCAAGCUGAAGUGAUACAAGAAAUGCAGGGCCUGAUGGGAGAAAUUGAGAGUAAUUCUGCUGUUAAAUCUGCAGUGCUAAUCAGUGGCAAGCCAAACAGUUUCAUUGCCGGCGCUGAUAUCUCAAUGUUACAGAAUCUUAACAACGAAACAGAAGUUUAUCAAGUGUCAAAAAAAGGUCAGGAAAUCAUGGAUACCAUUGCUGGAUGCAAAAAACCUAUUGUUGCUGCUAUCCAAGGCAAUUGUCUGGGGGGUGGUUUGGAGGUUGCACUUGCGUGUCAUUAUCGUUUAGCUGUGAAUGACAAAAAGACUGUCUUAGGAUUGCCAGAGGUAAAACUCGGUCUUCUUCCUGGUGCCGGAGGUACUCAGAGGUUACCCAAGCUAAUAGGACUACCACAAGCCCUCAGUAUGACACUGACUGGCACCAUGGUGAAAGCUGAUAAAGCUAAGAAGUUUGGAAUUGUUGAUUUGCUAGUUGAUCGUCUAGGACCAGGCCUUAGCACACCUGAGAAGAAUACACUGAGAUACUUAGAAGACACAGCGAUAAAAGUAGCAAAAGACUUAGCCUCCGGGCAACUGAAGAUUGAUCGUUCUCCAAAAUCUGUUACGGGGAAGAUUACUAAUUGGGCAUUAAGUUUGGACGUAGUGAAAGAUCAAAUAUUCAAGAAAUCGAAGCAGCAAGUAUUGAAGAUGACGAAUGGUCUCUAUCCUGCACCUUUGAAAAUUUUGGAGGUGAUUCGUACAGGAGUGGAUAAGGGUCCAGUAGCGGGCUACGAAGCAGAGGCCCGUGGCUUCGCCUCUUUGGCACUAACGCCAGAGUCCAAAGGCCUGAUUAGCCUGUUCUUCGGUCAGACGGCGUGCAAAAAGAAUCGUUUUGGUGCGUCCAAAAAUCAGGUGAAGAAAAUCGGUGUGGUUGGGGCUGGACUGAUGGGCGCAGGUAUUGCAACUGUCAGUAUUGACAAAGGUUACAGUGUUGCAUUGAAGGACACCACUGAUGCUGGACUUUUCAGGGGUGUUGGACAAGUCCAAAAAAAAUUCGAAGAUGGGGUAAAGCGAAAACGUAUUAGUCAGGUGGAGAAGAGCAAAAUAAUGGCCAAUCUCAUUCCCACAUUAAAUUAUGAUGAUUUCAAAGAUGCUGAUAUUAUUAUCGAAGCAGUCUUUGAAGAUUUAGCUCUCAAACAUAGAGUCAUUAAGGAAGUAGAGGCCAAUACCCCCGAGCAUUGUAUUAUUGCUACAAACACAUCAGCAAUACCAAUCACUAAAAUUGUUGCUGGAAGCAGUCGUCCUGACAAAGUCAUUGGCAUGCACUAUUUCUCACCAGUAGACAAAAUGCAACUUCUUGAGAUCAUUACGCACAAGGGAACAUCAACGGAAACAAUCAAGACUGCUGUUGAUGUUGGAUUGAAACAGGGAAAAGUUGUUAUUACUGUUGGUGACGGUCCUGGAUUCUACACAACUAGAAUCCUCAGUACUAUGUCGACGGAAAUGUUGAGAUUACUUCAGGAGGGGGCUGAUCCCAUGCAUUUGGAUAAACUUACGAAGAAAUUCGGAUUUCCUGUUGGGAUUGUGACGCUCUGCGAUGAGGUGGGCAUCGAUGUUGGAUCACAUAUUGGUGCUGAUCUUAGCAAAGCAUUUGGACCGAGGUUCCAAGGGGGCGACGUUCAUAUUAUGAGUGACAUGGUUAAAGCUGGGUAUUUGGGCCGAAAAUCGGGGAAAGGAAUUUACGUCUACGAAGCUGGCAGAAAAGACAGAGAUAUUAAUCUUGGAGCCUUAGAUAUUCUAAAGAAAUACCACCUGGAGCCGAAAGGUAGCACUGCUGAUGAAGAUCUUCAGUUGAGGAUGGUUACUCGAUUCGUCAAUGAAGCUGUACUGUGUCUCGAGGAAAAUAUCCUUGCUAAUCCUCUCGAGGGUGACAUUGGCGCUGUAUUUGGUCUUGGUUUCCCACCAUUCACGGGCGGUCCAUUCAGAUGGGUCGACUCGUAUGGCGCCGGUAAUCUCGUCAGAAAGAUGGAAGAGUAUGCUAGUCACUACGGAGAAGCAUACAAACCCUGUCAAACUCUUUAUAAUAUGGCAGCAGAUUCAACGAAAAAGUUUCACGCCAAGUAGAAAAGAUUACUGAAGAAUUUAUCGAUUUUUUCAAUUUUGAGAAGAAUCAUCGACAGUCGAGAAAUCGACGACUUGAUGAAAACUGCUUAGAAAAUGUUUGGGCUAUUCUAUGAAUUAGCGACAGGAAAUUUGACUUGGAAAUCUUUGAUAUCCUUUCGAUGAGGUACAGAACUUUCACGUUCAGUGGCCCAAAUAUCAGUACUUCGAAACUAAAUAUUUAAAAAAUUGGCUAAAGGGUCGAAUAGCCCAUUUAGUCACUUCAUGUGUGCUUUUUGUUGAGAACAAUCGCAUUUUAUAUAGUUUUUGUAUGAAAAAAUUCAGAAAAAGCUUACAUUUCCAUAUUUUCUAUGAAUAUUGAAAUAUUGUUAUAAAUAUAUUUUUUGAAGAAUAGGUGUUAUUCUCCAAUCAUGAGAAAUAAUGAAAGAAACAAACAUGUAACAUAAAUUUUACACAAUCCAUAAAUGAUUUUCAUUACUUUCCACUA